UCUGCUUUUUAAUCAAAAAGUUGUUUAUUGAAACUACCUUCUUUUUUGUAUCAUGGUAUCUAGUACGAUGUUUCAAGUCACCCACUACUCAAUCAAUUGCAGGUACAAUUACUAAUCACUUUCGGCAUUAUCACGAUCUUCAUAUACGUAACAGCAGUCAAAGACUGGGUUCAUCGCACACAAUGGAUAUUUUGGGUUGCACUAGCAGUGCUUUUGGUAACCAUGGUGUGUAUGGCUUGCUGCGAGAGUGUACGACGCAAAACACCGUUGAACUUUAUUUUCCUAUUUCUCUUCACAUUGGCGGAAUCAUUUCUGCUAGGUGUAACCGCUACAUAUUAUGCUUCCAGUGAGGUGAUGUUGGCCGUUGGCAUAACAGCUGCUGUAUGCCUCGCCUUGACGCUAUUCGCCUUCCAAACCAAAUGGGACUUCACCAUGUGUGGUGGCGUCCUAUUGGUUGCCAUUGUUGUAUUCCUCAUAUUUGGUAUUGUGGCAAUCUUCAUACCCGGCAAAGUGAUAACGCUCGUCUAUUCAUCGCUGGGUGCAUUACUCUUCUCCAUCUAUUUGGUCUAUGAUACACAAUUGAUGAUGGGCGGUAAGCAUAAGUAUGCUAUUAGCCCCGAGGAGUAUAUUUUUGCGGCGCUCAACCUUUACCUGGACAUUAUCAAUAUUUUCAUGUAUAUUUUGGCCAUAAUUGGAGCGUCAAGGGGAUAAGUUUAAUCAGUAUAAAUACAUACAUAUUAAUGUAUGUACUUAUGUAAGUGUGACAUGGAGAUUAAUUGCCAUAUUGUUUGCUGCGUCGAACAUAUGUAUGUACACCUUAAUUCAAAAAAGCCCUAACCAACAAAUUUUUUAUUUUACAGGAGAAGUAAAAAACAUUAUAAAAAGAGUAUCAAAAAC